AUGACCUCCAAAGAAGACGCGAAAGGCGCCUCGGUUGAGGACCGAAGGCGCAGUCCGUUGGACCAUCUUCCUCCACCUGCUAACUCAAACAAACCUCUCACUCCGUUCAGCAUAGAGGAUAUUUUGAACAAGCCGUCUGUCAAACGAAGUUACACAAUUUGCGGCACGGCGCACCUGCUUUCUUCCGGUGAGAAGCAUCCGUCCACGGGCCAUCCCCUCUCCAACCGUGCGCUGCUCACCCAGACAUCUCCACUGUGCGCCCUGGAGGAGCUCGCCAGCAAAACCUUCAAGGGGCUGGAAGUCAGUGUCUUACAAGCGGCAGAAGGGAGAGACGGCAUGACACUCUUCGGUCAGAGGAAUACCCCUAAAAAACGGAGAAAGUCGAGAACAGCUUUCACCAAUCACCAAAUCUACGAACUUGAGAAGAGAUUUCUCUAUCAGAAAUAUCUGUCUCCGGCUGAUCGAGAUCAGAUCGCUCAGCAGCUCGGGCUCACGAAUGCUCAAGUCAUCACCUGGUUCCAGAAUCGCCGAGCCAAACUCAAAAGAGACCUAGAGGAGAUGAAGGCGGACGUGGAGUCGGCCAAAGCGGUGGGCAAUGUACCUUUUGAGAAAAUGGCCAAACUGGCAGACCUAGAGAAACGUGUGAACGGUACACUCGGAGAUUCAUCGGCCGUGUCUCCGUCACGAUCUAAUCACGAGCACGAGGGCACCAACAAACUCCACAUGUCACCAUCAUCGCCAUAUACAGACCACACAACGAGCAAAGAGUGUUCAGAAGACGAAGACGAGGAAAUUGAUGUAGAUGACUGA